UCUCCGUGCGCAUGCUCGCAGCUGUAGCAUUAAUAGUGUAACUGUAGUAUGUAUGUGCUUCUUAAAGGUUUGUUGUCAUCUGGCUCUAUCGGUUUGUGUGUAUUGCGGGUACCGUUUACUUUAGUGUAGGUUGGAGCAGACCCGUGACCGUCCAUGUGUAACAGAGAGAAGUUGUAGCUAACAUACAAGUAUCGGCGAGUCGCUGAAGGAGACGGACUAUGUCGGCAAAUAAAACAAAGAAAGUCAAAAUGGCUACUAAAUCUUGUCCCGAAUGCGACCAACAGAUUCCAGUUGCAUGCAAGUCUUGCCCAUGUGGUUAUGUGUUUAUUAGCAGAAAACUCCUGAAUGCCAAGUUAAACGAGCGCUCUCCAGCCAUAGCAGACAAGCUGGACUUUAAGCGGAGGAGGACGGAGCGCAUUCGUAGAGAGAGGAUUGACUCUCCUUUAACCAGUGACAUGGAGAACAGGAGAAGGUCCCGGGCCAACAGCCAGUCAGAUCCCAUCCGGAGGGGGAGGGGCAGACCAAAGUCAGUGGGGCUGAAGAAACAGGAAGAGGAGAAAGAGAAACAAGAGAAGGAAGUGGAUAUUUAUGCCAGUCUUUCCGAUGAGAAGGCCUUUGUGUUUUCUGUGGCUUUGGCCGAGAUCAACCGCAAGAUCCUGGGUCAGAAACUAAUCUUAUAGACUAAAGCCUGAGUAAAUGAGAAACCCAGCACAGAGGACCUAUCAUAUGAAACUAUCAAAGAGGACGACCAAAGAGAGCAGAACUGGCUGGACCUGAACUUUGACCUGGAUGUGUUUCACCUGGACAAUGAUGAAGACAGUGAAUUUUUUUAAAGGGAUUAAAACCAUAUUGUCAUCAGUUACGGCUAUGUACAGUACACAUUGUGUAUUUAGUAGAUACAUUUAUAGAUGAUGUCAGAUUGGCUUAUUUAAGAUGAAAAGCUCAACUCGAGGCGAUGUCCAGCUUUCCCAGAAUUCAGGUGAAUAUUUUUGAGAUUGUGAGGUACUGCUGAUUCAUGUUCAGUUUGAUGGGCCACAGCAUAAUAUCAUAUCUUUACAUUAUCUGAUAAUAUUACAAUAUAUAUAUAUAUAUAUAUAUAUAUAUAUAUUUGUAUGUAUAUGUAUAUAUAUAUUUAUACACACCCUAAAUAAGACUAACCCUAACCAUGACUGGGGUCAAAUGUCCUUUUUUAAAAUCAUAAUUUGUGAUCAGAAGGUUCUGUUAUUGAACAGUUAUUUCAGAUUCUGUGGACUCAAAAAAGUCGUCAUCAACCAAACUUUUAACAGAAUGAACCUUCAUAGUUCAAACAAAGACUAACAAUUGAAUAUUUUACCAUUAAACAGAGUAUAUAUAUAUAUAUGGAAUGAAAACAUUUGAGCCAAUGAGCUUUUAGUGCAGGAAAAAAACAGCAUGAUUUCUAACUGCCAGGCUUUGUGUGGUUAAAACUGCUGAUCUACUAUAAUUCUGUGCAAGCUUGGCUCAUCUCAAUCAAAGCUAUUAAUCAUGUUUAUUGAAAGGGAUUGCUGGGGAGAGAUUACCGGUGCUUCUUGUAAAUCUGACAUAGUUUCAGAGAAUUCUGUUGCACAAAGCAGUUUUAAAUAAACUGAGCUAAAUUACA